GCAGUGGCGAGAUAGAGCGAGAAGCGAAGAUGGCGGCGUACGAGUUGCUAUACUUGUGGUUUCGCCGACGACGGCGUUUUUUCACGCACGUCGACGCGUUUGUUAUGGACGACGACGAGUUCCGCCGGCACUACCGAUUGUCUAAAAACAUCGUGCGGUGGCUCUGCGACGAACUUGAAGACGACGCGGCGUUGAGGCGGCAGCGACGCGCAAGGACGGUGAUGACGGUGGAGCAGCAGGUGCUUUGUGCGCUGCGAUUCUACGCCACUGGAAGAUACCAGGGGCAAGUGGCCAGCGACCGGCACCUCGCUGUUCAUCAGACCACCGUCAGCGCAUGUGUUCGCGCCAUGUCUACGGCCAUCGUGCGCCGCCUCGGUCCCCGGUGGAUCGCCUUCCCCGAGACCGCGGAGAAACGGGCGGCGACGCAAGAAGCCUUCCUUCGUCGCGGUUCCUUGCCCGGAGUCGUCGGAUGCGUCGACGGCACCUUCGUCGCAAUAAAGAGACCCUCUAAGUACGACCCUACCGUGACGAAGGCGCUCUACUGGUGUAGAAAACUGUACUACGCCCUGAACGUCAUGGUGGUGUCUGACGCCGACCUGCGUAUCCCGGCCACCGACCCAAGGAUGCCCGGCUCAACCCACGACUCAUAUGUGUGGAGGCGUUCGUGGGUGCGCCAAGAGUGCGUUGCUGGCCAUCUUGUCAGGCACAAUGAGUACCUGCUUGAUGAUGGGUACCCCCUGGAGCCCUGGCUGAUGACUCCUGUGCCUGGGCGUCCAGCACUUGGCACGCCGUCUGGGCAAUACAAUCAGGCCCAGGCCUCCAUGAGGGCAGUCGUGGAGCGCUGCAUCGGGCUGCUGAAGAGCAGGUUCCGGUGCUUGCACAGGCACCGGACCCUUUACCAACAUCCGAAGAUCGCCGGCACGAUCGUGGCAGCCUGUGCGGUGCUCCAGAAUGUCUGCCUCUGCUCAGGAGAGGCCGAGCCAGAGCCACAGUCAGACUCAGACAGCAGUUCUGACGGGGACAAUGAUGAAGAAGAAAGCGCUGACGCAGCUCGCGAGCGGAGGGGCCUCCAGUCGAGGCGUCUCAACAGUCAGGGCAAGGCUGUGCGGGACCGCCUUGUGCUUCUGCCGAGCACAACCCACCUGCAACGCGUCCGUCCUGGUCGUAAAGGUGGUUGGGGGGUGGCUGUGUUCACCCGAGAAGCCCUGGGAGAGCUCCAGCGGCAGCACACAACUUCUUCCGCGCAAGAGAAGCUGUGCGUCAUCAUGCUGGAUAUGAUGUCCGUGAAGAGAGACGUCAGCCUGUACGUCUUAUCCGUAAAGCUUGUUGGCUACAUCGAUCUUAGAAAAGGACUGGGACUGUACGAGUCUGACGAGGUGCCAAUGGGAACGGAGUAUCUGGUCGUCAUAGUGGUGGGCCUUACAUCACCCUGGAAGAUUCCCAUCGGGUACUUCCUCACCAACGGAGCACCAGGGCAGCUCCCUAAGAACCUCCUCGAAGACGCCGUUGCAGCCGUUUAA